CACCAAGCCUUGCGUUAGGUUCUACAGAUGACUUUAAGUGAGCCCUGUGCACCCAAUACAGGUAUGUAGUGUAGCAUCACUGAUCUACUGAGAUUAUCUACAAGAUCACCACCCAGGAGGCGGAGGAGGUACUUCACGCCAUCAAAGGAACCUUAACACCUUCCAGAUAAACAUCUUUCUCAGAAUUGUCCUCCUCCCUCCAUCACAACCCAUCAUGUGGUUAAAGAGCUCUUCACCAAACCGCAGAGCAGCAGGCCUGAUAGUAGUGGAAAGAGGCAUGGUGCUGUAGAAGAGCCAGAUGGGGUGCUGCAUGGUGACAGCCGCGUGCAACUAGUGGAACGGAUGUGAGACAGCCAGCAUCUUUGACUUUGCAAAAGUGGAUGAAAUGGGCGACGCUGCAAAGAAGCCGAACUCCAAAAAAUUCAAAUUAUUUAAAUUCAAUGUGUUCGGUAGCCUGAGCAGCCUCCCCAGGGCUUUCCGCAAAAGAGAUUCUCAAAAUCCAGAGGCAAGCAACAAUGGCAGCUCGGACCACGUCUUUGAGAAGACGCAAGAUGACCUCACCACCUUACCCAGGAGCCCUUCUUACGCCAGGUCCAGUGACAUGUACAGCCACAUGGGGACCAUGCCUAGAAUCAGCAAAAAACUCUCAAAAUCCAAAAAAGAAAAAAGUAAGGGCCGAGCGUCCACCAUGGCAUCGUACUCCGCCAGUGACCUGCUGGAUGAAGGCGCCAAUGAACUGAUAGUGGUUCCCUCCCUAAAGACGCAAAGAAAGACGGAGGAGACUGCGUUACAGGAUGGCGUGGAAGACCAGAAAGAAGAUAUCAUAAAGGCUGACUCCACGGGACGUCCAAGUGACCCCAGUUUUGACAGCCUAGAGGUGACACCAGAUGUCAACCAUAUAGCUGAGGAGAAUGAAGUGGUACAGAGCAAAGAGAGCAGCGACGAGAGCACUUGUAAUAGUCUGGAUGGUGGAAGUGAGUACGUGAAGUUCUCCAAGGAGAAGUACAUCUUGGAUACUCCACCGGAGAAGCUGCACAAGGAGCUAGAAGAGGAGCUAAAACUUAACAGCUCAGACCUGCGUAGCCACGCCUGGUACCACGGGCGCAUACCACGAGAGGUGUCGGAGACCUUGGUGCAUAGAAACGGAGACUUUCUCAUCAGGGACUCGUUGACCAGCCUGGGUGACUAUGUGCUGACUUGUCGAUGGAAGAACGAGCCUCUUCAUUUCAAGAUCAACAAGGUGAUGGUGAAAACCAGUGACAGCUACACCCGUAUCCAGUAUCUCUUCGAACAGGAGAGCUUCGACAACAUCCCAGCCCUGGUGCGCUUUUAUGUCGGCAGCCGAAGAGCUGUCUCAGAUCAGAGUGGCGCGCUCAUCUUCUGUCCUAUCAACCGGACAUUUCCACUGCGAUACCUGGAAGCCAGCUAUGGACUGUCACCGGGAAGGCCAAGUACUCAAAGCCCACAGAAGGGACAUAUGAAGAGAAGAAGCAUCACCAUGACUGAUGGUCUCACUGCCGACAAGAUCACCAAGAGCAAUGGAUGCGCAAACAGCACCUCCUCCCCACAUCACAGAGAUAUCAUCAGAAACUGUGCAGUCAGUGUGGACCAAAUCCAAGACCUACACGCCCCAAUGUCCCCCAUUUCUGAGACCCCCGGAUCCCCGGCCUAUGGUACAGUCGUUAGGGUGAAGCCGCAGGGACCUCCAGCAGGAAUGGUGACUCCCGGUUCUCCGGUGCCGAGAAGAUCCAGUGAACCUUACGUUAAUCCAGCAAAUAACAAGGCCACAUUAAACAUGGCCGAAACCUCCCAUUCCACACCCGGUCACGGCUACACACAAAUCUCUCCCUCGCCCUCUAUAAACAGUUACAGUGACCCCGAUAACGGACAUUACUGCCAGCUACGCCCAGCCUCCCCGACACAUGACACCCACAACAAACCUCUGCCGACCAAGAGCUACGUGGAAAGAUUAAAAGUGGAUGAAGGCGUCAGGGCAGGCGUCAACCAUGCGGUGGAAGAUACUGACAAGGACAGGCUCUCUUUUACUACCCCAAGUAUAGAAGCCAAAUCUUCUUUUAACCCGUCCGCCUUCAAGUCCAUGCUGAUCCCCGCAGACAACAAGCCCCUGGAGAUGUGCAUCCUGAAGAAGGUCAAGGAGCUGUUUUCGGAGGUCGAUGCAAAGACCAUUGCCCAGCAUAUCACCAAAACAGACUGCGAGGUUGCCAGGAUACUCGGUGUUACCAAGGAGACGCAGAGGAUGAUGGGAGUCAGCUCAGGCAUGGAGCUCCUGACGCUGCCGCAUGGCCGCCAGCUGCGGCUUGACCUUCUCGAAAGAUUUCACACCAUGUCCAUCAUGAUCGCUGUCGAUAUCUUGGGCUGCACGGGAAGUACGGAGGAGAGGGCUGCGUUACUGCACAAGACCAUUCAGCUGGCAGCCGAGCUGAAGGGCACGCUGGGCAACUUGUACAGCUUCGCGGCUGUGAUGAACGCUCUGGAAUUGACACAGAUCUCAAGACUAGAACAGACGUGGAUCGCCCUGAGACAGAGACACACAGAGGGAGCCAUAUUGUAUGAGAAGAAACUGAAGCCGUUCCUGAAAAGUAUGAAUGAAGGCAAAGAGAGUCUCCCGCUGAGCAACACCACAUUCCCUCAUAUCAUCCCUCUCAUCACCCUUCUGGAGACAGACUCCCCUCUGCUGGACGGCGGAGAGCCAUGGGACAGCAUUGACAAUGGGGUAGAAGUGGUCAUGUCUCAUCUAGAAGCGGCUAGGAUGGUGGCACAUCACGGGGGGCUCUACCGCACCAAUGCCGAGAUGAGGCUACAAGGUUUCCACCCCAGACCCGAUCUCUUGGAGGUCUCCAGCACUGAAUUCCAAAUGCGGAUGCUUUGGGGCAGCCGGGGAGCGGCUGGAACUCAAGCCGAGCGAUACGACAAGUUUGACAAAGUUCUCACCGCUCUCUCGCACAAACUGGAACCGUCUGUGCGCUUCAGUGAAUUAUAACAAAGACCCCAGUGAUCUAGACUGGAAAACCCAGGGGGGGAAAGUGUCCAAAGCAAUGAAUCAAAGACUUCUUACGGAGAUGGAAAUAUAGCACUUUUUAUGACUUUUCUUGUGGGAGGGGAGGGGUGUCAAUAUAUCCGCACCACAGUGCAUGCUGUUACUUGCAACAUGGAACGGUUUAAAAUAUAUCCAGGGAAGAUAACAGCAUUGUAUGUGCUUUUCAGUUCACACAAGACCAAUCUGAUACCAUGGGUGGCUUUGAUAUGGGAAGCCCUCGUCCACCAUGUUGGAACUGGCAUGCCAGCCAAGGCCAAGGUCUGUAGGCAGACAGAAAGCCAAAAACGAUAUGCACUCAAAUAAAAAACUGCCGCCAUGCUGUGCAGCGACUGGUUAUGAGAGAGGACUGUAGCGCCACCUAGUGGUUGUAUGACGUCAUCCAAAAAUCAUUAAACUGAAAUCUACCCUAAAAUUUAAGCACAUGGAUAGGAGACGAUUCAACACGCCUUCCCAAUGACUGCAAUAAAGUGGACCAUUAAGAUCAUCGAUACAUCAGAGACUACAAUUUUAUAUUUUCAGCCUGUAGGAAAGAAGGGGUUAAUAAUAUCUGUACUACACGACACACGCAAGGCCGUCAGUAUAUUUUUAUAAUAAAAUCUCACAUUGAAAUGUAACCAGAAGGAAAAGGAGAAGCGGUGGGGACCAUAAAGGGAGGUCUUAUAGCUGCUCUGGUGGCGGGGAGCGUGUCCUGCUAACUUUUGGGCAGAUCCUCCUGCAACUUUGUCUUGAUGAGCUUUACCAGGCUCCUCCUACUCACCACCUUGCAACUUUUACAACUACGGGAGGGAUGGAGGGUCAAAGUUACCUUCUCUUGUAAAAUGAGCAGCAAGAGAGUGAUGAGACCUCUUGGCGACAUGAGCAGAUCUGGGGUGUACCUAGAGAUAGAUCUGUAACUCAAAUUGGCCCCUGUGCAGGCGCUUCCCAUGUUCACGACCAAGGGUCAUGCCACUGUUGCAGGGGGAAGGUGGAGGAUUUGUGGCAUGAACCACCAUUAUAAUGGCUGCCGGCCAUUCUCGCCAAUCAGGGUCUGGCUUUCAUAGUCGUUUGUGAAAUAUAAAAUGAAAGGAAGAAUCUGAUUGGUUGCUCUGAUUUUGGGUGGGUAAAGCAUUUGCACAUCUGUACAUAGGUGUCAUUUCAAUGUAGUCCCGAUCCAGCUGUGAAGAUUCCUCAUUUUUGGCAAAAAAUAUGAGAUCGGAGAUGAGACCCAUGCGGGCAGGCGGCCCCCACCUAUAGACUGUAUAUGGACUUAUAAAGGAUGAAUGUCAAUUGGAUGAAUUUCCCAUGUAUAUAAUCCCAGUCUGUAAAUAUCUGCUCACCGCCUGCGCUGUACAGAGCUGUCACUUCGUCUCAUUGUACAUAGCCAUCCGCUAUCGAUUCCAGCUCAUUUGUAAAUAAAUGUAUUG